AUGCGUACUUGCGAUGCUCGUCAUGUUGGGGCUUGCCACACAAUUAUCGAUCCUAGGCUUCGCAUCGACCCACCUCAGCAUCUGAUCUUCAUCGAUGUCGCAAAUGCCUGCCUAGUUCGACGGCCUGGGAGAUGCAAGUAUGUAGCUUUGAGCUACGUUUGGGGCAAAAGUGGUACACCAUUCCAGACUACCAAGGAUAAUCUAGAUGAACUCCUCCGCCCUGGCGCACUUGACCGCUACCGAAUGUCCAUUCCAGAUACGAUUCGCGACAGUAUGGCAUUUGUCGGCAGCAUCGGACAACGAUACUUGUGGGUGGACCGUUUUGCGAUCAUCCAGGAUGACAAUGCCCACACCAAUGCUCAGCUAAAGAACAUGGCGGGAAUUUAUUUUAAUGCGUACUUCACAAUAGUCGCUGCCGAAGGAUCGGAUGAUACCUAUGGGCUUCGUGGACUGCCCAGUUCGGCCCGCCCUCGCCUCUUGCAGGCCCGGAGCCUUGAUUUCAGUUCCACCUCGAGCUUCUAUUACGUUCUACGAAGCCAUCACGACACGGGAAAGUACGAUGAGCGCGGAUGGACGUUUCAGGAAUAUGAACUGUCACCUAGGAAGGUCAUUUUUCGCAACAAUGGCGUUGAGUGGAACUGUUGCCAGUACCUAUGGGGAGAGUUCGAGGCCAAGCCGCAUUUUCGUGGACGCAUCAGUCACACUCCCUCGUACGGCUUCUUUCGCAUUGAGGCAGUACUGUUCCAUGGUUACGCAGUAUAG